UCGAGUUUUAUCUGUAGCUCUAAAGUAAAGUUGCGGCCAAAAUUCUGGCUGUUUGUCGUCUCUGUCGCCACGGCGGUACGUAACAUGGCUGGAAGUGUCAGGAAGUUUUAUGAUGUGUCCGCCAGACUCCUGUCUGGCGACAUGCUGCACUUUUCCUCAUUUAGGGGGAAAGUGGUGCUCGUUGAAAACGUGGCGUCUCUCUGAGGCACGACCGUCAGGGACUACACCGAAAUGAACGAGCUCCACUCCAGGUACUCGGACAAAGGGCUGGUGGUUCUGGGAGUGCCCUGCAACCAGUUCGGCCAUCAGGAGAAUGGCAAAAACGAAGAAAUACUCAAUUGCUUGAAGUAUGUCCGUCCAGGAAAUGGCUUCGAGCCUCACUUCCCACUCCUGGAAAAGGUCGAGGUUAAUGGCAAGGACGCCCACCCAUUGUUUGUGUUUCUCAAGGAGACGCUUCCCUUCCCCAGCGACAACCCCACUGCCCUGAUGACAGACCCCAAGUUCAUCAUCUGGAGUCCAGUCUGCAGGAACGACAUUUCCUGGAACUUUGAGAAGUUCCUAGUGGGCCCUGAUGGAGAGCCAGUCAAGCGCUACAGCAGGAGCUUCCCAACUAUUGAUAUUGAAGAAGACAUCAAAUUGCUCCUGAAGAAAGUGAAGUAAACCAUUCUGGUGUGUUAUCUUGGGGGCCUUCUGUGGUGGUGGGGAAGAAGAUAGUACCAGUAACAGUCAAGCCCUGUCCAAUCGCUUGUAACCACUGCCUCUAAUAACAGUUUGAUAGUUGGCUGGCUCUGCUGACUUUGGUAAAGUGCAGUUGUUAUUUUGGAUGUUUACUAUAUGAAGGCACCACUUGAAAUCUGUGAGGGGGGUGUCUGAUGUAAAUGUAAAUGCCUGUUAUUGACAGCAGUAAUUUAGCCUUGUACAGCAGAACUCAGCACUACUUCCAACUGCCUAAAUUCAAAUAAAACAUUCAAAAAUUUG